GGUGCUUCCUAGCCGGUCAUUGCGGUUCCGGUGACGGCCAGCUCCAGUGACGGUGAAUUUUCGACGCCACGACGCACUGACGAAUGCUUUUUAUUUGAUCAUCGCACAGGAUACGGUAAUUAUAAAUUUGUGACAAUUAUGAAAGUAGCGCAAAGUUUUUCGCUGUUUGGCGUCCUGGCUCUUUACGGUCUGGCGACCAUCGACGCUGACGAACAGCCUAAAAUAGUCGGAGGAGAAAAGGAGAACGAUGCCGUUCCGUACCAGAUUUCCCUGCAAGUGCUGAUCAAUUCAUUCUACGGACUUGGUCCGAAAACUUGGGCUCACAACUGCGGUGGUUCGAUCGUCUCGCCGAACUACGUCGUUUCGGCAGCUCACUGUUUGGACGGAAUCGAUGCUCCCCGGAUGUCGAUCGUGUACGGAACGAACGAUCUGCGGAACGAUGGUAACAAAGGAACCCGAACCAUGAUCCAAUCGUUCAAAAUUCAUCCGGACUAUGUGGAACUGGAUCGGUGCGAUAUCGGAAUAAUUCGAGUGGUCGAUAGUUUUGUGUACAGUGACGCGGUGAAACCGAUUAGCUAUUCCGACGAGCACGUUGACGGAGGGGUUCCCUGUGUGCUGACCGGUUGGGGUUAUACACUUCCGGUGCGUGUCGGAAGGACACCACAGGAUUUGCAGCGAGCCGAGCUGACCACAAUCACGAAUGAAGAGUGUCGAACCCGUGGUUUUCCGGUGAAUCCAACUGAGAUCUGUACGUUUACCAGAAUCGGACAAGGAGCAUGUGGGGGUGAUUCCGGUGGACCGCUGGUGUGCAACAACCAACUUGCCGGCGUGGUGUCGUACGGGACGCGCUUCUGCGGUAUCGGUUCACCGGACGUUUUCACACGUGUUUCCGAGUUUAAAACGUGGAUCGACGAGAACCAGUUGUAACGUGAUCUCGCCGCCGCACCCCUUCGGAAAUAAUGAUACACUUUUUUAUGAUUGAAUUUGUACAAUAAAAGACACUACGAAGAAAGAAAAUAGCAGAUAACAUGCCAAACAGCGUGACAAGUGUCCACCUCCCUAGUUUCCCGAGCGGCACACACGGACGCGUUCGGAUGCUGUGUGUGCUGCUGCUUGCGCGAGCGAGCGCUUGUAAACCGUAUGGAAAGGAAACGCGAUGAAAGCGUGCACAUGUUUUCCCGGCAAAUAAAUAGUAAUCAUCAA